GGAGAGAGCAUUCAGAGCUCAUCACAGGGAGAGAGAGAGAGAGGUCAGAGCUGAGCAGAUCGAAGCCAUAAGGUACCUCUCCCCAAACUGCCCGCAGACCCCCAGAGCUCCGCAUCCCUCGCCCACAGGCGCUCACAGCGCAGGGGGUGGAUGGGCAGUUCGCAGAUCCCAUCGCAGCAUAAGAUGGAUUUAAAGCGGUGGAUUUAAUCAGAUUUGUACCUAAAACCUCGGACAACAACUGCAACAGACAUUUAAAGCGAUUGCUCGGCGGUGUAACGCGGCACUUGUCACUGUGCUGAUGGCCGGGGGGGUCCGGGCUGGAGAGUCGCACAGACGUCUCUGCAGAGGCUCGGGAGCCGCGGGGGUCAGACACGGGAACACUCCGGGGGUCUCCGAGGGCAACAACCCCACCCCGAGGCUCUGUGUCGCUUUCCUCCUCAUCCUCCUCACUCUGACACCCCGAGUGGAGCCGUCAUGGUGGUACAUUGGGGCGCUGGGAGCUCGUGUGAUCUGUAACAACAUCCCCGGUUUAGUCAACAAACAGCGGCAGUUGUGCCAGAGACACGCCGAUAUCAUGCAGUCCAUCGGGGAGGGCGCCAAAGAGUGGAUCCGGGAAUGUCAGCACCAAUUCCGACACCACCGGUGGAACUGCAGCACUUUAGCCAGAGACCACACUGUGUUCGGCAAAGUCAUGCUCAGAAGCAGCCCUGAGGCGGCCUUUGUGUACGCCAUCUCCUCGGCUGGGGUGGUCCACGCCAUCACCAGAGCCUGCAGCCAGGGGGAGCUCCACAACUGUAGCUGCGACACACACGAGGGGGACAAGAAACACAACACCAAGAGAGAGUACGACUGGGGCGGCUGCAGUGACAACAUCAAGUACGCCAUCAACUUCUCCAAAGUGUUUGUGGACGCCAAGGAGAAGAAAGAGAAGGACGCCAGAGCACACAUGAACCUGCACAACAAUCGCUGUGGGAGGACAGCGGUGAAACGCUUCAUGAAGCUGGAGUGUAAAUGUCACGGAAUCAGUGGCACCUGCACUGUUCGCACUUGCUGGAAUGCCAUGUCGGACUUUAGAAAAACCGGGGAUUACCUGCGGAAACGGUACCACUUAGCCGUGCAGGUCACCAUGAACCAGGAUGGCACGGGAUUCACCGUGGCUAACAGGAGGACUGCCCAGCUCAUGAAAACCGAGCUGGUUUACUUCGAAAACUCCCCCGAUUAUUGUGUCCUGGAUAAAGCUAUAGGCUCGCUGGGCACAGCAGGGCGUGUGUGCAAUAAGUCGUCGCGAGGAACAGAUGGCUGUGAGGUGAUGUGCUGUGGUCGGGGCUAUGACACCAGACGAGCCACACGUGUGAGCCAGUGUGAGUGUAAGUUUCACUGGUGCUGCACAGUCAGGUGCCGCGACUGCCAGGAGAUGGUGGACGUCCACACCUGCAAAGCUCCCAAACGUGCUGACUGGCGAGACCAAACCUGAGAUCACCAGCAGCCUGGCUUUAAGGACGGGAAACGCGGAAGGGAGGCCGGUGACACUCAGGAGCCUUCUUUACAGCUUCAGCUUCUCCACUAAUUGUGCAAAGUUACUAAAGACUGAAGUGCAGCUGCCUGGGACCAAUGCCAACACUGCACAUGCUCAGCACAUCUCCGCAUGUUCCUCACUGACUGAGGAACAGCCAAUAUAAAGCUUCAAUCCUAAAAUCUUACCAUUUGCAAUGUUUUUAAACGUGGGACAGUGCAAAAGCGCUCAUUGUACGAGAGCUUUCAACGCCCUCCUUCCAUAUUGGUCAAGAAGUGAAGCCUCUCCUAUCGACAGCACAAACUGCAUCUAACGCUUCAUCAAAGCCGCGUUUGGUCCAUGAAAAGCCGAUGGUGACAACUUGCUCCGAAGGAGGUGAUUUUUGUAAGUGGCGGAUUAGUCGAGGCAAUUGUAUUUUUCUGUGUUAACAGGAUAGUCUGCACUAUGAACAUUAGGUGAGAGACGGAGAGGGAGAGAGAGAGAGACACUUGGGUUGGUGCUGAUCUACCUGUGGACUGGAACGGUCGAGAACAAUGUGCUCUCUGCUCAACACUGGGCUCGGGCUCAUUCCACAGGUUCCAACCAACAGGGCAACAAACCGGGACUUUUGUUAAAUAUUAUUUCAAUGUAACAAUUCAUAUCACGCUAUGAGUAUAACUAAGACUUGGCAAUUUCCCAGUUGCUGUUUGUGUGAGCAACCAAAAUCCAAGUGAAUGUGGCCAACGCAACAAUAAUAAAUUAUAUUUGUAGAGCACCUUUCACGUCGGGAGGACAUCCCAAUGCAACAACAAACAGCUCAACCAAUGCUGGUAAUUCAGGCCCCUGACAUUGUAUGCGGCUCAGUCUGGCCAUAGAGAUGCCCAAUACUGCCUCGCUGGAGCUCGUCACUGAACCAGGGGGCAGUGCGCAGGGGAACUUUCUACUGUCAGCCCAUCAGAAAGCUUCAGUCAGGAUCUAAUGCAAUAGUUUUCCAUUACAAAUAACAAAUAAACUGACACCUUAAUGUUAAAUGCUAACGUAUAAAAUUCUGUCCGAUGUCCAAUAGCCCGCUCAGCUAGUUUCACUCCCCCGAGGAACAGCACUAGCACACACACUGUAACAUCAUCACAUAGUGACAGGAUUAAUGGCAAUUCCCCUCCCAUUCACAAUUUAUCUUUGGCUUGUUUCUUCUGUCAUGGAUUUGGGAACAAACAUUUUAUUUAUUUUGAGUGAGUGUGUGUGUCAGUGUGUGCGAGAGAGAAAGAGAGAGUCAGUGUGCAGGUGUAUAAAGGGGAGGGUGAUUGGACUGGGACAGAAUCCUUUUCCAUCCCACCCAGGUUAGUGUCUCCUGGUACUGAGCACUUGUAUUGAAUGAUGUUGGGAGGUGAGGGGUGAGGACAGGGAGGUAAUGAGGAUAAAGGAGGUCAGCUUUGUGCUGAUGAACAGGCCCUGGGGCUAGUGUGGGUCAGAACCUCUUGGCUCCUCUGCUCACCUGACAGAAUUCCACUGAUCUGGUCUCUCAGGCUGAGCAGCCCCAGGGCAGCAAACAGCAGCUGGGCUGAGGAAUGCAUUUGUCCCCCUUCGCUUCCCUGUCCCCCAUUACUAACUAAUAAACAGUUAGUGUGGAGUCCUGGGGCUAUGGAGUGAGAAGCAGCCACUUGACUAAUGGCCGUAUCAAAUACUAGCUCAUGAGCUCUCACAGCAAGUCCAAUACACACAUAAUAUAGGAACAAUAUAUUAAUGGUAGAUUUUGGCUUCGCACAUGAUGAACAACAGCAACAAAUUAGCGCCUUUCAAGUCAGGACAAUGUCCCAAAGCGCUGGACAGUCAGGGAUCCGCAUUUGUUGAAGUACCUGGUAUAUACUGCCAUCAACCUCCAAACCCCCAUCUCCCCACCCAGCUCAAGUCAACACCCUGAGGAAAAAUAAGUGAAUAAAAUGGGGCGAGAAAAAGGGAGACCUGGCUUAGCAUUCCGGGAUUCUGGGAAGACACUAAACUUCUUUCACCUAUUCCUGGUCAGUCAGAAAAGCUGAGAAAAGUAUAACAAUAAUCCCUGCAUUUGAUGCGAGAGAAAAGUGCUGUUCAUGUGGUUGGCGUCUCCCUGAAGUGGGGCUCAAACCUACAAUCCUCUGCUUCAGGGGCCAACGUGCCUCUGACUGAGCCAAUGUGACAGCAAAGUAAGAGAAAGCCGCCAACUGUCUGUGACACAGGUAGACCUUGAAGUGAUUACUGGUCUGUUAUCUUCCCCCAUUUGAUCCCACUUUCUAAUCUCACUCUGGCCACCUCUGCACUUGGAUAUUGCCACGUCACCUUCAGUUUAUAAAGUUAAAGAAUUUUCUUUUCCAAAACAAAUGGCAUUAAUUUCCAACCCGAUGGGUGUUGUAUACAGGCCCAGCCCUGGCCUCUGUGAGAAUGAUAAUUCUGAUGACAGUUUAUUCCUUCAGUAACUACAGCCAUUGAUCUAUCUAAACCAGCUCUUGUCCAGCAGGUCACCAGAUCAUUAAAAAACAGAGCAAUUUCAUGCUAAAAUAAAAUCCAUUGUCCAAUAACAGAGACAGACAACUGGUGGCUGCAACACAUGUCACUGUCAGAACAGCCAGAUCACAACUAUGUAUUUCUGACAUUCAAGUCCUGUCAUCAGAUGCUCUCUUUAUAUCGGCUCUAGCUGUUUGCUUGUCAUGCGGACGUGAUGUGAACUAUUACUGUGUUGAGCUUCGAGGCCCCCUUGGUACAGAAACUAUCACAUAAUGGUUACAGAUACUUUGCUUCACCCCAAAAAAAUGUUCUGGGACCUUAAUCUGACCCGCUAUGUUACUGUUUGGGAGACGGGAAAGAUAUUAGAUAAUUCAUGAUUAUGUCACCAUGAAACACGCAGACACUUACCCUCAGUCUUGUCACUUACAAAUUUGCUGUGUGAAUUAUUUCCUGGUGAUCCGUCUGCCUUCCGACAAGUCUCUCUGUACAAGUGGUUUGCGUGACGCACAUUAUUCCAGAAUGAUUCAAACUUCAGCCAAACAGCAGCCAGAAUGUAAACAGCCCAUCGUGCCUCUGGCAGCUACACGGGGACAUUCCUGUUUCUGAGGGAAUAAAGCUUUGCCUGUCGCCAGCCAGGAUCCGGGAUCAUAAUUCAACUGGGAAAAGCGGGGAGUGACAGGACAGCGAGAUGGCUACAACAUACACUUGGCGCCUGAAACACGCAUCACACACUAGAUCAUAUAUUACACACAUGAAGCAUACAUCUCACACCUGAAACACAUCUGGGGAGGGUGUCAAUGAACACACACACAUGCAUAUUUGUUACAACAUAGGGAAGUUCGGAUCAUUUUGAGCUUUCUAAAAGCCUCCCCGCCUCUCCAACAUGGCAACCUACCAUCUAUUACACUGCCAACAUGGUCUCCACAAAUACUCUUAAUUCUCAAGCAGAAGUCUCAUUUACGCUAAAUGCCUUUCUGUAUCUAACCCCGUGAUCUCAUCCCCACUCCCACAGCCACCCCAUCCCACCAGAUACUGAUGUUCUUAGCGAGGCAGGAAAACAGCAACACAAAAUCCAAUAAAUCAUUUGAA